AAUUAAAGCUCUGCAAGAAGAGUGGGCUGAAAUUUCUCCACAGUGAUGUGAAAGACGGGUAACAAAUUAUAGGAAGCAUUUGUUCGCAAUUAUUGCUGCAACUAGUUAUUAAGUUAAAGGGGACAAUUACUUUUUCACAUGGAUGAUAUGAGUGAUUGAUAACUUUUUUAAUUAAAUAAAAUAAUUUUAAAAAUGUGUUUUGUGUUUAUAUGUCUUAUAUUACAUUUUGACUAAAGAUCUGAAAUUGUUCAUUGUGACGAAUAUGCAAUAAUAGAGGAAAUCAGGAAGGGGGCAAAUACCUUUUCAUGGCUUUGUACAUUAUAUGAAGUGUUUCACUUCCUGUUUUGUCUCUUGCGUAUGUUAACACUCCAUUGCUUCCUGUCCGUGGUCUCCUGUAUUCUUCCGUACUCACUACCACCUAUUCCACUUUAAGGUCCUUCCUUUUCAGUUUAUGCACUGAAAAGAUGUAAUGAAUUGUAUUAAAAUGGCAGUAGAAUUAACGAUAUUUGUUGUAACUGAUACUUCUUUAACAAUCCAGGCCUCUUGCAGAUACUGCAUAUAAGGGAUAUUGGGGAGAGCAGACUAAUUCUUUUCAAAGCUUUUUGAAGGGGUUGGUUUUCGUGUUCUUCCUACAAGUUUUGAUGAUCAUCUUAUUGUUGAACAUACUAUAGCAGAACAUUCAAACAAAUUGGUCAACUUAAUGGCUUGUACAGUAUACCCACAACUAAAAGUAAUGCAAGUUGUUACAGAAAACAUUAACAAAUGUAUAUCUGUGCAGAUGCUAAAUCUUUGAUAGGUGCUGAAGUGUAUUAUCAUUUGCCUGAUUAUAAUUUUCAUGUUAUACAUAUGAUGCUUGGGGAACUGUACAUUUUCUUUGUGAGUUCACAUUUUGGGCAUCAUGUAUGUGGAAGGUGGAGCACACAUUUUGCCACUUAAAGGAAGUGAGUCAUGAGUGUCUGUAUUUUUUAAAAUGCUAUUUAUUCCCUAUAUUUUAGUAGCAAAAUGUUUUUAAGCAAACUGAAUUUUAUGUAUGUCAAUGAAAAAAACGCACUUCUUUAACAUCUGAUAUUGCACCAUUUCACUGUGUUCCUCGGUCAUCAGCUCCGCAGCCUCUGACUCUGUGGUUUUGCUUUUGACUGCAGAUGCUUUUACAGCAUGGUAAGUUCAAGUGUUGUGUUUCAAAGUGAAAUCUGUGGACUGUGACACAGGAAGAGAGAAAGAAGUCAGACAGGAAGAGGUGCAGCUUCACAGAGCGCUAAUCGAACAGUCAUUUUGUUCAGAGCAUGAGUGUACCGAAGAGCCACCAAUGAAAUAAAAUAAAAACAUGAGUUCAUAUUUCUUAAGAACUCCCAUUUCUCCAAAUGUGUGGACUUGAACAGAGUUACUGAUGUUGUUUUCUCUGCCUCCUCUUGAAAGAACCAACGAGAGGAGCAACCCUCGAGGAGAUGCACCUGCAGACUCUCUGAGGGGAAACACAGCUCAGUUCAUUACCCUGGAGUGAUGGAUAAAGGUUAAUGGGUCAGCACUAACAUAUUCUUUUAAUGGAGAGAAACACCCAAAGCAGCUUCACCCUGGAUUCCAAUAGGCGAAUAGCAUGGCAAGAGGACUGUUAUGUCGAUCUUCAGUCUGAUGCCUGCAGCCUAAAAACAAAGAUGAAAACAGAAGGUGUUUGGAUACAAAAGUACCGCAAGCAGCUAGUGCAAUCCAUCUCUGGCCCCUUCCUGGAGAGUAUUGUGGCCCACAUGCGGAACCAAAACCUGCUGAGCCUGGAUGAGACUUUGGCUAUGCAGGCCAUGGUGCAUCUACCGGAGAAGGUGCUCGCUGUCAUUGACACCCUGGCCAACAAGGGCCCACAGGCCUCUGAGUCACUCCAGACCUUCAUUGAGAAAACCAAUAACAAGCUGUACCAACUCAUCACUCUUGAGGACCUGAUUGUGCAGAAGCACACAGAGGCCUUGCAGACACGCUACGGAGGCCUGGUGCCCAAGAGAACAUCCCUGGACAGCUUUGCUACCCUGCUGCUGGUGGAGGGACUCUCGGAUUUGCAGCAGAAGGAGCACGAUGCCUUGCAAAUUGAGGCUACAAAAGGCAUGGGGAGGCACCAUGCCAGACAGCUGGCACUGGACAAACUACUGCAGCCUCUUACCCGUGUGAGCAUCCCACCACGCAUCCUGCUCACAGUUGGAGUUGCCGGCAUUGGCAAGAGUACCUUGGUACGACACUUUGUCCAGCUCUGGUCCAAAGGGGACAUCUGUCAGGAUGUCAGCUUCAUCUUCCCUUUUACCUUCUGGGAGCUCAACGGGUUUGAGAAGCUGUCUGCUGAGCGACUCGUGAAGCAGGUCUAUCCCCACGUGACUAAUCUCAACCAUGUCUUCAAUGGGUCCUCUCGGGUCCUACUGAUCUUCGAUGGGCUGGACGAGUUCAAAUGCCCUCUGGAUUUCUCAGAUGCUAUGACUUGCACGGACCCCAAAAAGGAGGUUCCAGUGGACAACCUGAUUACUAACAUUGUGCGAGGGAACCUACUUCCUGAUGCAUCCGUCUGGAUAACUUCUAGACCCACUGUAGCUGCCCAGAUACCUGGAGGUCUGGUAGACAGGAUGACUGAGAUACCAGGAUUUGGAUACAAAGAAAUAGAGGCUUUUUUGUCAAGCAUGUUUCAGGAUGAAAAUCUUGUGAGCCAAAUAUGGUCCCAUUUAAAAUCCAACAAGAUUUUCCUUGUGAUGUCUUAUGUGCCUUGUAUUUGCUCAAUUGUGGCUUCCACUAUUGGGUUCCUCAUAAAGAAUGGCUCACAAGACUUACCCAGAACUUGGACAGAGCUCUACUCUUACUUUUUUAAAAUGAUAGUGGAGGGAGAUUCCAAGGAACCCCUGAAGAUAGAGCAGGCCUAUGGAAGCAGCCGGAAGAUAAUAGGGAGCCUAGGACGGCUGGCAUUCUAUGGGCUUAUCAAACGGAAGUAUACCUUCCAUGAGCAGGACAUGAAAGCUAAUGGCAUUGACAUGCCCUCCCUUCAGAGCAGCCUCAGCAGCUAUAUCCUUCUCAAGGAGGAGUCUGCAGCAAGCACAGUCUAUUGCUUCAUCCACCUUAGCAUCCAGGAGUUCCUAGCUGCCACUUACUACUACACAGCUUCCAAGCGGGCCAUCUUUGACCUCUUCACAGAGAGUGGCAUGUCUUGGCCUAAAAUUGGAUUCCAGAACCACUUCAAGAAUGCUCUGCAGAGAUCACAGCAAUCAGAAGAUGGUCAGCUGGACAUGUUUGUGCGCUUUCUGUCUGGUAUGCUCUCACCGCUGGUGGUCAGGCCUCUUUCUGGGCUAUUGCCAUUGGCUCGAGAUGAACACAGUGGUUUCAGGGUCCCUGCUGCAUCCUUCAUGCAAAGUGUCUUAAACUCAGGGUGCACAGUCUCCUUGCGGGCUGUCAACAUAGUGCACUGUCUGCAGGAGCUGCAGCACACGGAGCUAACACGGACUCUGGAGGAGGGCCUGCGUAACAACAACUUGGCUGGCAAGCUGACACCAAUCAACUGUUCGGUACUGGCUUACCUGUUACAGGUGUCUGAGGAGUGCACCGAGGAGACCAACCUCUCCAACUGCCUCAACUAUGGCAUUGUCAAGAGUCUUUUGCCACAGCUACUCUAUUGCACCAACAUCAGACUGGAAAAUAAUCAUUUCAAAGAUGAUGUCAUGGAGUUAUUGGGCAGCUUACUGAGUGCCAAGGAUUGUCACCUACAGAAAAUAAGCUUGGCAGAGAAUGCUAUCAGCAACAAAGGAGCCAAAGCCAUCAGCAGGUCUUUGAUGGUCAACAGGAGCCUGACCUCACUCGAUUUUCGCAGCAACAACAUUGGCCCCAAAGGAGCAAAAGCUCUAGCAGAUGCCCUCAAGAGAAACCAAGUUCUUGUGUCGCUCAGCCUCCAGAAUAACUUCAUUGAGGAGGAGGGAGCCAAAUCCAUUGCGGAAGUACUGGUGACGAAUCGCAAGCUAGUCACCUUGAAUUUACAGAAGAACUCCAUCAGCACCGAGGGAGCCCAGAGAAUCGCUGAGGCACUGAAGAAGAACCAGACUCUGAGGGAACUGAUUUUGUCCAGUAACCAGCUGGGGGACAAGGGUGUGGCAGCACUGGCCCAGGCGCUGACAGUCAAUCACAGCCUCAUCGCCCUUCACCUCCAAAGUAACUCCAUCAGCAACAAGGGGGUGAGUGUGCUGACCAAGGCCCUGCGGCACAACCGGGGACUCAGGCAUCUGAAUCUGCGUGAGAACUCCAUUGGCGUGGAAGGAGCUAAGGACAUGGCCAAAGCCCUGCAGGAGAACAACACCCUAACACAUCUGGAUCUCACAGCAAAUUUGUUGCAUGAUGAAGGGGCAAAGGCCAUAGCUGGUGCAAUGAAGAUCAACCAAGCUCUCACAUCCCUGCACCUCCAGUGGAAUUUCAUCAAGUCCAAAGCUGCCAAGGCCCUGGCUCAUGCCUUGCUGUCUAACACCACCCUGCAGCAACUGGAUCUCCAGGAAAAUGCCAUUGGGGAUGAGGGGAUGAUCGCUCUAGCAGAAGCCCUGAGGAGAAACACAGCUCUGAAGACAUUAUUCCUGCAGGGUGUCUCUGUUGGCCAAACUGGUGCCAUUGCACUGGCCGAAGCUCUCAUGUUCAACAAAACCCUGCACACCCUUGAUCUGCGUGGGAAUUCAAUUGGAAUGGAAGGAGCAAAAGCCAUGUCGAAUGCGCUGAAGAAAAACAGAAGUCUGCAAGUUUUAAAUUUGCAGGAGAACUCUUUAGGAAUGGAUGGAGCCAUCUUUAUUGCCACUGCCUUGACUGGAAACCACAAUCUCACUUACAUCAACCUCCAAGGGAACCGCAUUGGAGAAUCGGGUGCAAAGGUCAUCUCUGAUGCCAUCAAAACAAAUUCUCCGAACUGCGUGGUGAAGAUCUGAGCAAGCACAAGACUGUUCAUGGUUAUCACUGUUGGUGAUCUGAGCUUACCCCUGCUCCUCUGGGAGGAGCUGCUGGGUUGGCUGAUUUGAGGACACACCUAAUGGGAAACUUGAAUAAACAUACAAACAGAAGUCAAUAAAUUCUCAGGGAUUAUUCUGCAACAUCAGCAGAUCAUGUUCAUCCUCCCACUGCAGCUCUCUGAGCUCUCUUCUCCAUGGACACAUCUACAUUACUGAGCAUAUGGAUUCAUUCCAACUUGGUAGAGGGAUGAACAUCAGCUGUAGAAACUCAAACCCAAGGGAAGUGCUCGGUUUAAUUUGUAUCAUUACUUUUACUUAUUUAUGAGUAAGCCUAAUGAAGGCAAUCCAUUUUCUAACUCCAGCCAAACACUGUCCUUGUAUUUCCUUUUCUUGUGUUUGCUAAAAUUCUUCAAGGGAACUUUUACAUUUAAUCUGUGGCCUAAAGAUAAGGUGAUACAUCUAUGUAACAAUAACUGAUGCUAUUAUUUGACAGAUACUGUUACAUUUGAUCAUGUACACGUAUGUAACAAACUGAUACUUGAAUGCAAAACUCACUCUUUUGUAAGCCCAUUUAAUAUCAGCACUUAAUAUGCUGUAGGACUGUGUGAACUGUUUUCAUUGCUCAUGCAAUGAUGGAGCUUAUGAAAGUAUUGCAUAGAUAUUAAAAGUCUGUUGCAUAAAGAAACUAGAGAAAGGAGUUAGGAAGAAUCUUAUUAUAAACUAAAUUUGUGUGCAGGAUAAAUAUCUUUUACAUUAUACCUUUUCUGCUUAUUAUUUAUAUUUAAGAAUCAAGCCAGUGGUUCAAGAUGAGAAACUUUUAAUAAAAAAUGUUCUGCAUCACUUUUAUAUAUACUGCCAAAAAUGGGAUUAUUUUUUUACUUGAAUGUGUUCAAUAUAAUAAACAAUAUUUUAGUUACAUUACAAUAGCAUGUUAAUUUAUCAUUCCCUAUUACACAACAAAUAUUUCACAAUGGGAAACUAAAAGCUGAACUGUAUUAAAAACACAAGGUGCAGUAUGGAUUCUGUAUUUAUUAAUAAAAACAUGUAAAACUGUGUUCAGAAAA